AUAGUUUCUUCCGUCCUUCCUUUCUCAGAGGGAAGAAAAAUGUCCGCCUCCAUCAGAAGCAUGUCUUUGACAGUGUGCCGAAGUGCAAGAGCUUUCAGUCCAGCAAUUCGUUUAUUUAGCGUUGGAUCUCGUUUAAGAGCAGAAAACAGCCCUGCUGAAGGAGAAGUGGGCAUUAUUGAAUCCACAGCAGAAUACAAGUUUGUGGAGAGGCUGAUUCCUCCUACACGCAUCCCAACUCCCCCUAAACACGAUGGGGCUGCCCCAUCAGGAUGGAUACCACCAUCAGAUAGUCCACCUUCACUGCCUUACAUGAUCCGUCGCUCCAGAAUGCACAAUGUACCUGUGUACUCUGACAUCAAGCAUGGAAGUCAGCACAGCACUCUGCUCCGAAAGGUGGAAGGAGACAUAUGGGCCCUGAACAAGGAUGUUAAGGAAUUCCUGCUGGGGCUAACGGGAAGAGAGCUUCCAACACAGGUCAAUGAAGUCACCGGGAUCAUCAGAAUUAAAGGGCAGUUUGAAAAAGAGCUGAAGGACUGGCUAGUGAAGAAGGGAUUUUAAAUUGGGCUAUUGUA